ACCUUCAAUUAAUUGAAAUAAGUGUUUUUGAUUGUUAUGUUUGUGGUCCUAAUCAACUGCGAGAGUUGCAGGGGGCUGCAGCCCAUGCGAUGGAUUAGGCAAGAGACUGAAGUGGUCCGUUUCCUACUUGGAAACCGAUUUGGAGGACAUCAAUUUCUAUUGGGUUUAGAAUCUUUCGCAACUUACAUAUACAUGACUUUCCUUCAUAAUUAUGUAUCAUGUAAAUACAACUUUCAUUGAGAAAGAAGAGUUGUUGACGAUCGUGGUUUUUUUCUCCAAUUUUCACGUUAAAAUUGUGUGUUCUUCUUUUUUGUCAUUGCUUAAUUCUCGUUGUCUCAUAACAUUGAUCCCUUUAUCCAUAAAUGAAGGACCAAUAAUGUAACCUUUUAGGAGUACUAGUAAUAGUUACUCCACUUGACUAUAAAUUAUCCACCUUAUUUAUUAAGGUUCAUUUUAAGCAAUGGUUAUAAAUUGGGACUUCUGUGCAAGCCUGUUUUCUUACUCUUCCCUUUCACAAAAAAAUGCAUCAGCCUUCCUCUGUACACAUCACAGGCGGCUGCUACACUGCCACCUGAUACCUACAUUUCCCUAUUCAUGUUUACUUCUCCUUCUUCAUCUUUCUCUCUCACUUCCCUUCUUCAUGAAAUCAUGUUUUUAAAAUCAUCAGUCCUACAGAGUAAAAUGAUGUCUUUUUCCCCAUAUCAAGAACAAGACAACAAUAGUGUACUGCAGUUAAAGAAAAUUCCACGAGGAUUUCUCAAGGUCUUCAAUGGGGAGGCUCCUGUGCACUUUGUGCUGGAAGGUCCUGCAGGGAUAUCUUGGCCGGUUGGUGUGGAACAGAUUGAGGGCGAUUUCGUUUUCAGAAGAGGUUGGCAGGACUUUGUGAAGAAGAAGAAUUUAGAGUAUGGAGAUUUUCUAACAUUUUGCUAUGCUGGAAACUCAAAAUUUUAUGUUAGAUUAUAUGGAAAAGAUGGCUGCUUAAAGCAGGACCAAGAAAAUGUGCACGGCUACUUACGAAAAGCAACUGGUACAACUAUAUGUGCAGCUCCUCCUCCCGCUUCAUUUGAACUCGUCAUGAAGAAAUCUUACUUCACGAAAUUGACUAUUCCAGCUGCAUUUGGCAACAGAUUUAUGAAAAGGGGGGAAGAGAAAUUUGCUACUCUUCGAACUGGUAGUGAUAGCUGGCAGGUUAGAGUUCGCAGUGGUGAUAAACUUGAUUUUCGGAAAGGGAUGAGCAAAUUUUUGUGCGACAACGAUGUGCGUGUAGGAGAUAUUUGCCGCUUUGAACUGAUUGAUGAGGAGAAGUUCAUAAUGGUAGUGCAAAUUAAACGAUUUCCCAGAUGAAGUAGUCAUAGAAAUAGUGACAAAUCCCUUUUUUACAUUCAGCAAUGUUUCUGCUUCAGAGAGGACAUCAUAUGUACUAAGCAUUUCAAGUGGAAUAGAAAGUUGAUAUAUCAGAUUGAUGACUAUGAAA